AUGGGGGUUGGUGAGGAGAACGGAGGGGGUGAGGAGGAGGGGGGUGAGGGGAUAUGGAGGAGGAGGAGGGAGGAAAGAGGAAGAGGAGGGGGUAUGGAGGAGGGAGGAGGAGGAAGGACGGAGGAAGGAGGAAGAGGAGGAGGAGGAGGAGGAAGGACGAGGGGAAGGAAGAACGGAGCCUCCAAUUAUGAUGAGAUCCACUCCAGAGCAUCGAGAGGAAAAAAUCUGCCCGAGCGUGCCAGCGCCCCAUUUGAGGAAGGGACCCAGGAAGAGAUUGUUGGGAGAGCAAGGAACCACGAUGGCGAUGACGAUGAUCAUGCUCAGAAGAAGAAGAAGAAGAAGAAGAAGAAGAAGAAUAAGAAGAAGAAGAAGAAGAAGGAAGGUGGCCACAAGAAGCUUGGCUCUCAUCAGAACAGAGAGCUGUACUCGGAAGAUUACGGCCCUACGUGA